AUGCCUGAUUUAAUAAUAGUGGAUGGCAGUAAAGAACAAGUAAAAGCAGUUAACCAGGCUUUAAAGGAAUUAGGAUUAACUACCACGAUAAUUGGUUUAGCCAAAGAUGAAAAACAUCAAACGGCGAAAAUUAUUACUAGUGAUUUAAAGGAGUUAGAUUUUCAGGGUCAAGCCAAAAUUAAAAAUUUCUUAGCCAAUUGCCAAGCAGAGGUUCAUCGUUAUGCUCUUAAUUUCCACCGUAAACUUCACCGACAAAGUAUUUUGUAUAAUAAAUCACCUUUCCUUAGAGAACUUCGAGGCUUCAUUUAUGUUAUCGUUAUUGACAAUGAUGUAUUAUCAGAACUUUUUUUAACCCCAUUUUCCUUAUGGUCUAUAUCCCAAAAACCUAUGACAAAAAGGCCACUAACAAUAAAUAACAAAACGCCGGUCGGCUCAGAAAUUAAGCCACCGAAAUUAAAAAUAACCAAAGAAUGCUCGGGUUGCGGCGAUAAAUUUAUCUUUUCUUCCUCAGAAGACUAUGAUUACUGCUCCUCUUGUGAACUAAACGGCAGUCGCUAUCUUCCCGGUCGGAAAACUGAAAAUAAAUGCUCGGAAUGUGGUGAUGGCUCAGGAAUUAUUAAGUUUCCUAAUCAGCCCCCGCGGGCCUGUAAAACUUGCCAUUUAGCCAAAAUAGCCCUCUUGGAGCAAGCCAAAUCUCAACUUCCAAAAUUAGAAAAAAGUUUAGAGCAAAUCACCCAAUUAAAACAAACCCUCGCUUUUACCCAAAACACGGCUCAAAACUAUCUCCAAUCGCUCCAAUCCGCCCAAGCCAAAAUCACCGAACUAGAAGAAGAGUUAAAAACUAAAAAAAUCUUCACUGAAGCCCCGGAAGAAAACAGCACCGAAUUAAAAACUAAAAUUCAGCAACUAGAAGACCAAAUCCUCGAACUCCGCUUGGAAAAAAUUAAAGACUUCGGUGAUUAUUACCAAAAAAAACAAGAGCUCGAAACCGAGUUAGAACUGAAUAUUAACGAAGGAGUUAACGAAAUUCACCGCUUAGAAAAUAAACUAAUUGCCACCAAUAAAAAAAAAUUAGAAUUACAACAAAAACUCAGUCAAGCCCAAGGCCAAAACGCCCAGUUAGAAUUAAAGUUAAUUGAUAAUCAAGAACCUAGUUCUUUUAACUAUUGA